CCGCUGCGGCUUGUGUUCUCCUUUAACCCGCGCAGCCACACAAAGGGACUGGGGGGAAACCAGCUUCCCAGCCCACCCCCCGGAGCCGGGGCAGGGAUGGAGGCGGUGCGUGCAGCUCCGGGGCUCUAGGGGCGCAGGAGCGCGGCGCGCACCGGGCUAGAGGGACGCAGACACCGGGGAUCUGCUCCUCUCGCCGCGGGAGGCAGCCCGCCGCCCGAGCACGGAGUCCCGGUCCCCGCCGGCCGGCAGGCAGCUCCGGGUCCCGCAGGACUGUUUCUGAAUCGCAGUCCUGCAAGAAGAAAAUCAUUUUGGUUUAAGUUGAACAUUUGUCUCUAGCAUUAAGACAACAGCUAUGCCAGUGCUAUCAGAAGAUUCAGGAUUGCAUGAGACUUUGGCCCUGUUGACAUCUCAACUAAGACCUGAUUCAAAUCACAAAGAAGAAAUGGGAUUCCUUAGAGAUGUCUUCAGUGAAAAAAGUCUAAGUUAUCUAAUGAAGAUUCAUGAAAAGCUCCGCCAUUAUGAAAGACAGAGUCCAACCCCUGUUUUACAUAGUGCAGCAGCUUUAGCCGAGGAUGUAAUUGAAGAGUUGCAGACUACACCAGUGAAUAAUGAAGAAAAAGAGCUGCUUCAGCUAUUGUCAACACCACACCUUAGGGCAAUGCUUGUAGUACAUGAUACUGUUGCCCAGAAGAACUUUGACCCGGUCCUUCCCCCUCUGCCAGACAAUAUUGAUGAUGAUUUUGAUGAAGAAUCAGUUAAAAUUGUUCGUCUAGUGAAGAAUAAAGAGCCUUUGGGUGCCACCAUCAGAAGGGAUGAGCAUACAGGAGCUGUGAUUGUAGCGAGAAUCAUGAGAGGCGGUGCAGCUGACCGCAGUGGUCUUGUCCACGUUGGAGAUGAGCUAAAAGAAGUCAAUGGGAUUGCUGUGCUUCACAAACGACCAGAAGAAAUUAGUCAGAUUUUGGCUCAAUCUCAGGGAUCAAUAACAUUAAAAAUAAUUCCAGCCAUCAAAGAAGAAGAUCGUCUGAAGGACAGCAAGGUAUUUAUGAGGGCACUCUUCUGCUAUAAUCCAAAAGAGGACAAAGCCAUUCCCUGUCAGGAGGCAGGGUUGCCGUUUAAGAGGAGACACAUCUUAGAAGUUGUGAGCCAGGAUGAUCCAACAUGGUGGCAGGCAAAGCGUGUUGGUGAUACCAACCUCAGGGCAGGAUUGAUCCCUUCAAAACAGUUCCAAGAAAGGCGUUUGAAUUAUAGAAGAACUAUAGGCACUCUGCAAAACUCCAAAACUGUAAAGAAGCCAUUAUAUGAUCAGUCUUCUGAGAAAGAAGAUUGUGACUGUGAGGGAUAUUUCAAUGGACAAUAUAUAGCUGGUUUGCGGAGGAGCUUUAGGUUAAGCCGAAAGGAGAAACACAACAAUCAGAAUCAAGCAAAGCAAGCAGACAUAUCCGAAUUCCUAACAUAUGAAGAAGUCACUAAAUAUCAGCAGCAGCCGGGAGAAAAGCAGAGACUGGUAGUUUUGAUUGGUUCUUUGGGAGCCAGACUAAAUGAGCUCAAACAGAAAGUUGUGUCGGAGAAUCCACAGGAGUAUGGUGUUGCGGUUCCUCAUACAACAAGGUCAAAGAAAAGUCAUGAAAAAGAGGGAGUGGAAUACAAUUUUGUCUCUAAGCAAUCAUUUGAGAUAGAUGUACAGCAUAACAAAUUUGUUGAACAUGGAGAAUACAAAGAGAAUCUGUAUGGAACAAGUCUCGAGGCAAUCCAAUCUGUUAUGGCCAAAAAUAAAGUUUGUUUGGUGGAUGUGGUACCCGAAGCAGUAAAGCACCUGAGAACACCAGAGUUUAAGCCAUACGUUAUAUUUGUGAAGCCUCUUGUUCCAGAAAAGAAAAAAAAUGCACCAACAUCUCCAACUUCAGAAGAAAUCUCAGCCCCACUUGAUGAAGAACAGCAGGACAUUAUUAAUUCAGCAGCAUUUAUUGAAGAGCAGUAUGGCCAUUUAAUUGACACUGUGCUGCUGAAAGAAGACCUCCAGAGUGCCUAUAAUCAGUUGAAAACUCUGCUAGAGAAGCUGAAGGAGGACUCAUUUUGGGUGCCAGUGAGUUGGGUUAGAUCAUAGCCUGCUCUCACAUGUCAAAAGGAAAGCCUAUAUAAAAUGUGUUGUAAAUAUAAGGAUUAAAAGAGGGAACAUGUCAGCUGCACUCCAAAACCGCCAGCUUGUCUAGAAAGUAAUAUGAAAAUGUCGUAUCAGUUAAACUAGACAGACCCAUCAGUCAGAAGCUGACAUGGGAUUCCUGAACCACAGUUUUUAGUAGUGUCAUUUAAAAUGUUGAGUGCUCACUGUAGAUUGAUUGGUAAAAAUUUAGUGAUUUUUAAGCUUUGUAAAUACUUUGUGAUGUAGAGUGAAACUUCACCUACUGUCUAAGGUUCCAUCCUGCCAAUGGCUAUGGAAACAAGUAUCUUAACGCAGACAAAUGGUCCCAGAGAGUGUAAGGGACAAAGCGGGCCUUGAAGAUUAAAUCUACAUGGCUGCGAGACUUUUUUCCCAAAUACUUCAGGAAGUUUGGAUAUACAGGAUUUUGUAGUGUAUAGAUGAAAAUGCAGAUGUAUUAGGAUUUUGGAAAUCAAUGACAGUUCAUAAUUUGCUAAAUCUGCUAUUGAUAAAUAGUACAUUAUGUACCUAGGAGUUCCUGCUUUCCAUUUGCCUGCCACUUUGGAUCUUUCCUAUAUAUCAAAUCCUUUAGCAAUGGCUCCAAAUGUAAGCUCAUACUUAUUUUUGUCUUAAAAAUAUGAAGUUAUUGUUAAGCAAAAUCACUGGGACUUCCCACAGAAAAUAUUGUAAUAGCAUUUCAUAUAAAGUCACAGCUUUUCUGUAA